UAUUUCAAGAAUCUUUCAAAACAGAAACAAAAGGAAGUCAUGGAGAAGAAUGGAAAUAACCGCAAACUUCGUGUUUGUGUUGCCACUUGCAACCGUGCUGAUUAUUCAAAAUUAGCUCCCAUUAUGUUUGGUAUUAAGGCAGAACCACAGUUCUUUGAGCUUGAUGUCGUAGUGCUUGGUUCCCACCUGAUUGAUGAUUAUGGUAAUACCUAUCGUAUGAUUGAACAAGAUGACUUCGAUAUUCAUACAAGAUUGCACACCAUUGUGAGAGGGGAGGAUGAGGCAGCUAUGGUGGAGUCAGUAGGCCUUGCACUAGUCAAGUUACCAGAUGUCCUGAACCGCCUGAAACCUGACAUAAUGAUCGUUCACGGGGACAGAUUUGAUGCUUUGGCCUUGGCCACGUCUGCAGCUCUGAUGAAUAUUCGCAUUCUUCACAUUGAAGGUGGGGAAGUCAGUGGGACCAUUGAUGACUCUAUCCGACACGCUAUAACCAAGCUGGCCCAUUACCACGUGUGCUGCACAAGGAGUGCAGAGCAGCAUUUGAUAGCCAUGUGUGAAGACCAUGACCGCAUCCUAUUAGCAGGCUGUCCCUCAUAUGACAAGCUUCUCUCUGCCAAAAAUAAGGACUACAUGAGUAUUAUACGCAUGUGGCUAGGUGAAGAUGUCAAAACCAGAGAUUAUAUAGUUGCUCUGCAACAUCCUGUAACCACAGAUAUUAAACAUUCCAUAAAGAUGUUUGAGCUGACACUAGAUGCACUCAUCUCCUUCAACAAGAGAACACUUGUUCUAUUCCCUAAUGUAGAUGCCGGAAGCAAAGAGAUGGUUCGGGUGAUGAGGAAGAAGGGCAUUGAACAUCAUCCCAAUUUUCGGGCAGUAAAGCAUGUCCCAUUUGACCAGUUCAUUCAGCUAGUUGCUCAUGCUGGUUGUAUGAUUGGUAACAGCAGUUGUGGUGUCAGAGAGGUGGGAGCGUUCGGUACACCUGUCAUCAACUUGGGGACACGUCAGACAGGAAGAGAAACAGGUGAAAAUGUUCUUCAUGUUCGUGAUGCUGAUACACAGGAUAAGAUUCUGCAUGCUCUGCAGCUGCAGUUUGGUAAACAGUAUCCAUGCUCAAAAAUAUAUGGAGAUGGUAAUGCUGUUCCAAGGAUUUUGAAGUUCCUUAAAUCUAUUGACCUCAAAGAGCCACUGCAAAAGAAAUUCUGUUUUCCUCCUGUCAAAGAUAAUAUCUCUCAAGAUAUUGAUCAUAUUCUAGAGACACAGAGUGCUCUGGCUGUGGAUCUAGGUGGAACAAAUCUCCGAGUAGCUAUUGUCAGUAUGAAGGGUGAAAUAGUUAAGAAGUAUACUCAGCUCAACCCUAAAACUUACGAAGACAGACUAGAAUUAAUUCUAAAGAUGUGUGUAGAGGCUGCAUUGGAGGCAGUAAAUGUGAACUGCAGAAUUUUGGGAGUAGGUAUUUCCACAGGUGGACGGGUAAAUCCCCGAGAAGGAAUUGUGCUUCACUCUACAAAACUCAUUCAGGAGUGGAGUUCCGUGGAUCUCAGAACUCCAAUAUCUGAUGCUUUGCACCUGCCAGUCUGGGUGGACAAUGAUGGAAACUGUGCUGCUCUAGCAGAGAGGAAAUUUGGUCAUGGAAAAGGAGUAGAAAAUUUUGUAACACUCAUUACUGGUACAGGUGUUUUUUUUGGAAUCAUUCAUCAACACGAAUUGAUCCACGGCAGUUCUUUCUGUGCUGCUGAGCUUGGGCAUAUUGUUGUAUCUUUAGAUGGACCAGAGUGCCUCUGUGGUAGUCAAGGAUGUAUAGAAGCAUAUGCCUCUGGAAUAGCAUUACAGAGAGAAGCUAAGAAACUGCAUGAUGAGGAUCUGCUUUUAGUAGAAGGAAUGUCAAUGAAGAAGGAGGAGGUUGUUAGUGCUGCACAUCUCAUUCAAGCAGCUAAACUUGGGAACACAAAAGCAGACAGCAUUCUCAGAACAGCUGGGACAGCAUUAGGCCUUGGAGUUGUGAACAUUCUGCACACCAUGAACCCCUCUCUUGUGAUCCUUUCUGGAGUUCUAGCUAGCCACUAUGUUAAUGCUGUCAAAGAUGUGAUAAAUCGACAGGCUUUGGCCUCUGUUAAAACUGUGGAUGUGGUGGUCUCAAAUCUAGCAGAUCCUGCUCUUCUUGGAGCUGCUAGCCUGGUACUGGAUUAUACUACACGUAGAAUAUACUAG